UCAUUGGCCAGAUCAACCCCACAGUUAGGUCAAUCUAAAAUGGCAGAGGUUGUGGAGCUACAGAAACUGAAGUUGGCGGAGCUGAAGCAGGAGUGUGCAGCCAGGGGCCUCAGUGUGAAGGGGAACAAAGCCGAGCUCAUCGCCCGGCUGCAGGAACACGAGAGCUACCUGGAGGAGCACGAGGAAGAUGUUAAUGAAGAAGAGGUGCUGGGAGAAGAGACUGAGGAGUCAGCGAAAACGGAGGCAGCUAUCGGAGAGAAACCAGCCAGCGAGGAGGCGGGUGGACCAGAAGGGACAACUGAGAAGAAGGUUGUUAAAAUAACCCCUCCGAUACCGAUUGAUGAGAGGUUACAGAAACGUGCGGAACGCUUCAAUGUGCCGCCCUCUGCUGACAGCAAGAAGGCAAUGCGUGCUGCCAGGUUUGGUUUGCCAGCUGUUGCACCAGUGUCCUCCCUAGGUGAUCCUGCAAUCAGCAAAGCGCCAGUCGACGUAGGUGUCCUGAAAAAGAGAGCUGAGCGGUUUGGGAUGAACGUGUCUUCCAUCUCCAAGAAGGUUGAAGAAGAUGAGAAACUAAAGAAGAGGAAGGAGAGGUUUGGGGGUUCAGCCACCGCAGCUGCUGCUGGAGGAGAGGACUCUGAGGCAAAAAAGCGGAAAAGAGCAGAGCGAUUUGGAAACGUAUGAAAUCACUCCAGAUUACUCCCCUACCCCCACCCCUUUUUUUAAACAUUUUUUUUUAAAUAAGUGAGAGUUUUUCAUUUAAAAUCUCCCCUUUUUAAUGUUUUUUCCCCCCUUAACACCCUAGGAAAUUGGGAUGCGUUUCCCCCUUAAAAUCCUAGGAAAUUGGGGUGUUCACUUUGGGAAAUUUAAUGUAUGCAAUACUUUGUAAAUUAAAGAUUUGCAAUUUUCAGAA